AUGACAGGACAGCCGCCCCAGCAGCUUGAUGGGCAGCAACCCCAGCCAGAGCUCUCUGAUGCGCACAACGUGAGCUCCACGCCAGCCAAAAAGACAGAAGACGAACACAGCGCGCAGACAAAUGCUCCUGGAGCAUCAGAAGAUGGAAAAUCAGAAGACGAGCCGACUGGAGAGACAGGAGAAAGUGUCGAGGGACCGACGACUAAGGGAGAUGGCGGUGACGAAGACGGCGAGCGAAGCAGCAAGGAGGAGGAGGAGGAGGAGGAAGAAGAGGAUGAUGAGGAGGAGGAGGAAGAGGAGGAGGAGGAAGAGGAGGACGAGGAGCCGCUUCUGAAGUCUGUUAGGCUUACUCAACACCUCGGCGCGGUCUAUCGCAACGGCGAUGCGACCAGUGCUUGUCUUGUCGCAGGCGACAAGAUGAUUGUUGGCACGCAUAAUGGCAAUAUCCACGUUAUCCAACUGCCUGGCUUCAAUACUUUGCGGGUAUACCAUGCGCACUCGGCUUCCGUCACCGCCAUAUCGAUAUCUCCAUUUCCCCCUCCUCUUCCAGAUGAGAGGGCCGAGGUGCUUCAGCGAACGCAAACCGGAUCAUCUGGACCACCUGCGAGGCCAUCAGAUAUUUCUCCCUCAGCGGCGUCAAAACGGUUGAGAGAGGCUCCCCAAGUACCCAGAACCCCUUCAAACGACAUAUAUAUUGCUACAGCGUCAAUGGAUGGCAACGUUUGCAUCCAGUCUCUAAUAGACAUGAAAGAUGUUCAGCUUCGAAACUUUGCUAGGCCCGUGCAAGCGGUCGCUUUGUCACCAGAUUAUAAAUCGGAUCGUACAUAUCUAUCUGGCGGACGAGCAGGGCAGCUCAUUCUUACAGUAGGAGGUGGCCCUGGUCGCAGUACCUCAAAUACAGUCGGUACGGCAGCUGCUGUUGCAUCCGAUUGGCUUUCCACUAUAGGAGUCAAGAACAGCGGUGGAAAAGACACGGUGUUGCAUUCCGGGGAGGGAAUUAUCAACGCUAUUAAAUGGUCUCUAUCAGGGAAAUAUGUCGCCUGGAUCAACGAGCAUGGUACCAAGAUCAUGAGAUCCAAGCUUCAUCUCGAUAGUACAGAGAUUGAAGACGCCUGGAAGAGGAUCGGUCAUGUUGAUAGGCCACACACCACCCAAUGGGAAACCAUGGCGGGAGUUUGGAAAGGUCGGGCUGAAUGGAUUGAUGAGAAGUCGGUCGAAAGUGACGAGUCAGAGGUCAGCCCUCACGAUCCGACCAUUUCUUCAUCUGCUUCGUCCACCACAAAAACCUUUGAAAGACUACUUGUAGGCUGGGGAGGAACAAUGUGGAUCAUUCAUGUUCACCCUGGCGGGAUAGGUUCUGGUAAGCACGCUGGUGAGAAGACCAUUGCACGAGCUGAAAUUGCCAAGAUCCUUCACAUAGAUUGUAUCAUCUCUGGAAUUUCCCUAUACGCUCAGAAUCAACUGCUGGUAUUAGCAUACUGCUCUCCUGAAGAUGAAGAUGAUGCUGCAGAGGAUGACACAUCUGGUCCAUCCCAUGCGCGGGAUUCGCCCAAGAAGCACAAGUCUAAGCAUUCUACAUCAUCUGCGGAAAACGAGCAACACCAUGGCCAACGACAGCGGUUAAAUGCCCUACCUCCAGAGCUGAGGCUAAUUGAUCUCAAAUCUCAAGCAGAAGUAGAUCGACACACUCUCACUAUUAAUCGUGUUGACAGGCUAUCUGCUGCUGACUACCAUAUGUGUCUCCUACCUGCGCAAAAUGCUGCUUCAGUAGUGGCCUCAACAAAGGGUGCAUUAGAAGCACUUGCCGGCAUUGGAUCAGAGAUGUGGAAUGUUGCGAUUAACCCAAAAUCGCUCUUCAGCUCAGGAGCUAGUAUCUUGAGUAGGGAGAGCGAAGAUGGCGCAUCUAAAGCCGGAAGUAUAGCAGGGACCAUCCGGUCAAGCUAUAUUAGAGCUAGAGUGCCAACGGUACACCCUGCGCUCUCCAAGCCAGGAGUCAAAAUAUUCAUCCAUAGUCCUUACGACAGCAUCCUGGCUACCAAACGAGACCUUUCUGAUCACCUCACGUGGCUAGUGGAACGCGAGCAGUACCAAGAAGCAUGGGAACUUCUUGACGAGAACCCUGAGAUUUUCGCGGAGUCACUUGAUGGCGUUGCAGACCCAGCGGCGCCUGCUACGCCGUCCAAAUAUCAAGGCGGGGCCGACGACUUCUUUGAUGAUGAGUCUGUGGCAGACACUGUCCAGAGGAAUAUGUAUUCGGCUGUGGAAAAGGAGAAGAGAAGAGUUGGUGAGCUAUGGAUCCGGGAAGUGAUUGACGAUGGCGACUGGGAAUUGGCUGGUCAAAUCUGUGGCAAGGUUCUCACGACUCCUGAUCGUUGGGAAAAGUGGGUGUGGACUUUUGCAGGCGCCAAUAAAUUUGACGAAAUCACCAAGCACAUGCCAACAAAACCGAUGAAGCCGCCGAUACCGACGACCAUAUAUGAGGUGCUUUUGGGGCAUUAUAUACAGAACAACAAGCCUCGAUUCCGAGAGCUGCUAGAUAUCUGGUCGACCGACCUCUUUGACAUACCGGCGAUCACAACGACCCUUGAAAACCAACUCAAGUAUCGUGAUGUUCGUGAAAAUAGUGUUGAAGAUGGCGAAAAGGGCAGAGACUGGAAAAUCGUCGUAGAAGGCUUAGCUAAGCUUUACGAAGCUGGUGGUCGCCAUCGCGAUGCACUGAAAUGCUAUAUUAGGCUUCAGGAUGCAGACUCGGCAUUCCGCUUGAUAGGCGAUUUCCAUCUGGCAGACGCUGUAGUCGACGAUAUUCCUGCAUUCAUUGGGCUACGAGUUUCUCCUGAACGGCUCAAGCAUAUGACUGAACCUGAUCUCGUUGCGGCAACUAGCGAAGCGAUUACUCUGCUUGUUGACGAGGCUCAGCACGGUCUCGUACGACCUGAGGUAGUUGUUGAGCAGCUGCAAGCCAGAAAUCUUCAGCUCUAUCUGUUCUUCUACAUGCGCGGGCUGUGGAAAGGUCAAGGAAUCGCGGAGCACACUGGUGAAAACCUUGAACGGCUCGUCAUGGACAGCCAGUCUCUAGUGGAUAACUUUGCGGAUUUGGCAGUUCGUCUAUUUGCCACAUUUGACAGGCCACUUCUUAUGGAAUUUCUGAAGACUUCGACUUCAUACGGAUUUGAAAAGGCCGUUCAAGAGUGUGAGCAAUGUUCAUACUAUGACGAAUUAGUAUAUCUGUAUUCCAAGACAGGGCAAAUGAAGCGCGCGCUGUAUCUCAUCAUUGACCGAUUAAACGAUGUCAACAAAGCAAUUGAUUUCGCGAAAGAGCAGGAUGAUCCUGACUUGUGGGAAGAUCUGCUUAACUACAGCAUGGAUAAACCUAGUUUCAUUCGAGCCCUUCUGGAGCAAGUUGGCACAACCAUAAAUCCAAUAACAUUGGUCCGGCGAAUUCCCGAGGGUCUUGAGAUCCAAGGUCUAAGAGAAGGGCUUAUUCAUAUGAUGAAGGAGCAUGAGCUACAGCACAGCAUUAGCUGGGGUGUAGCGACGGUGCUACGAAGUGAAGUGGCAACGGCUCAAAACGAACUUCGAACAGGGCAACGCAAGGGUAUCAAAUUCGAAGUCGUGGCGGAAGAAGAUGCUGCAGAGAAGGAGAAGAAGAAGAAAGAAGGCGAGGAGGAUACGGCACCGAAACCUGGCCAGUGUGCGAAAUGCCUCGAGACAUUCACCGAAUACGAGAUGGAGGCUUUGAUUGGCUUUGUGUGCGGACACGCAUUCCACGUGAGCCAUCUGCUUGAGAUGUUGCAUAAUGGCAAGAGGGCCGAUGUCGAUCUGGGGCCUGGACCGGAAGAAGGUGGGCGAUACUCAGUCGCAAUGAAAGUUAUGAAGGCGAGGCUGUUGAGAGACAGGGUGAGAGGAGGCUGUCCAAUCUGCCACCCAGCUGAAGCGUAG